GGAGGGGGGUUGGGCAAGAGCCAGGAUUUGUCCGCCAAGCGAGACGUCGAUUGUUGCCCAAUGAUCGUUUGACAGCAUUCAGAAGGGCGGAGCUUAUUUACUUUGAAUUUCGGAGUCUAAAUAAGCCGGGUGCCGAAUACCCCCCCUCAUUCGUGAGUUGUACGCGAAGAGAAGAACAAUGCCUGAGCCAGCGAAGUCCGCUCCGAAGAAGGGAUCUAAGAAAGCCGUGGCCAAGACGGCCGGCAAAGGAGGAAAGAAGCGCAGAAAGUCCAGGAGGGAGAGUUAUGCUAUCUACGUGUACAAAGUGCUGAAGCAGGUGCACCCCGAUACCGGCAUUUCCUCCAAGGCGAUGGGCAUCAUGAACUCGUUCGUCAACGACAUCUUUGAGCGCAUCGCUGGUGAGUCAUCCCGUUUGGCUCAUUACAACAAACGCUCCACCAUCACUUCCAGGGAGAUUCAAACGGCUGUGCGUCUUCUUCUUCCCGGUGAGCUGGCCAAGCACGCCGUGUCUGAGGGCACCAAGGCCGUCACCAAGUACACCAGUUCUAAGUAAAAGGUGACGAAGACUUCAACAAACCCAACGGCUCUUUUAAGAGCCACCCACGUUGUUCGCAUGAAGAGCCCUUUUUUCGUUUCAUGGUUGUGAUAUUUUUUUUUCGGAGCUGGGGAGAAAGUGUUACGUAAGGUUCUGGUAUGUUCGAGUCUGUUUUCCCGCCCAUUGCCUUAGUCUGUCUGUAGUUACUCUAUUGCGUGAGUAAUGGUACAGUAUGUGCUAAAAUAAGGUACGUAAAGCGCGUUUACACACUCGAACGCGCAGAUACAUGUAUUUCGGUGUAUGUGUGUGUAUAUGUAUGUCUGUGUAUAUAUAUGCACGCACAAAACAUUGAGUUCCUGCAGGGGCCAUUAAUGAAUUAAAUGAACUGAUUUUAUGAUAAGCAAUAUGUAUUUGUACAAACUGGACAGGAAAACUUGUGAGCACAUUUUUGUUUGGAUCUUCAGUAGGCUACAAUAGAAUAGAAUGCACAGGGUCAGGCACAAGUGCCUGUAUGAUGAGCUAGGACAGAAUGAUGUUUAGGCCUAAUAUGAUUACCAGACAGAGGAGCAAUAACAAAAUUAUCCAUGACAAAAAACUAUGAACACUCAAAAAAUAGCCAUAACAAUGUUUUUUUUGUGUGUUUCUUUUUUCAGAGCUUUCAUUGGAUGGGCAAAUGAUUCCUGUGGGUGGGCAAGGCUGACCCCAGCCCACCCGUAGACAUGCCCCAGAGCGCAAUACAGAAAAUAUGGAUAGGCCUCUUUCCGUUAUUAUGCUCCUAAAUUGUGAAACUGCGAAUCUGCCUUUUGUCAGACAGUGAAGCUCAGUGCACACUUUCUCUUUAAUUGUUGCUUAAAGAUUUGAGAUUUUGAUUUUUUUCCUUUCUUCCUUUACAUGCACAUAUAUUUAUGAAGAAAACUCUUUGUGUGCACAUAUAUGUAUGUUUGUAUUAAUGAUAAGAGCUGUUUACUUACAGAUUCUUUUAAUAUAUAAGCAAGUAAAAGUAGGCACAGGGCAAAGCCUUAUGCACAUGAUUCAGUCUAACUACAUCAUGAGAAUAAGGCCUAACAGUAAUUCUACUUGUACUUAUUCUAACUCCACUGUAAGCCUAUAUGCGAAGUACUGAGGUUAAAGUUAAUAGCAUGAAUAACAGGUUAAUAGCUAGUAGGCCUUUAGCUUCUAGGCUAGCAAAAGUGAAUGAAAAGAGGAACAUUGUAAGGCAUCAAGCUUAUGAUGAAAGUAUGAUGAGAAAGUAGAAGCAGCUACAGAGCUAAGCCCUAAGCUUAUGAUGAAGUUAGAGUAAGCAAAACUAUGUUUAAAGACAUGUUCUGAAGUUAGAGAACGUAAAAGUGAGUUUACAGCUAGGUCUCUGGCAUAUGAUGAAGUUAGAGUUUGUAGUAGUUCAGGGCUAGGCUUUAAGCUUGUGAUGAAGUUAGAGCAAGUGAAUGUAAUUUUAGAGCUAGGCCAUGCCAUACGAUGAAAUGAGGAUGAGGGAAAGGAGGUACAUGAGGUUAGAGAAAUAAAAGUAGAUAACGACCUAUGCUUUAAGGUCAUGAUGUACUUGGAAGUGGCUCGUAAUGAAAACAGGUUAAGUAACACUAGGUUAAGAGAUAGGCCUUAGGUUUAUGAUGAAGCAUGUAAAAUUAGGUACAGAAAAAGCCAGCUUGACAAUCAAGUUUACAUAAGAGGCUUACGGCUAUGCCUCAGGCUUUUAAUGUAGUAAGCAACAGUAGGUUUAGAUUAAGGGCUGUGGCUCAUGCUGAAGUUAGAGUGAGUGAAAGCUUUUAGGUUUAUGAAGAAAUUAUGACAACUUGGUAAAAAUAGGUACAGACGUGGGCCUUAAGCUGUGGUUAGAGUAAUUGUAGGCAGGUUACUGUCCAGGCUGUAAGCUUAUAGUGCAGUUAAAGUAGGUAAAAUAAUGUUAGCUGUUAGGCCUUAGACUCCUGAUGUAGUUAGCAUGUAUGAACGAGCCAUCAGGCUUAGGAAGAAGUUGUGGCGAUAAAGUGAAAUUAGGUACGGAGCAUGCCAUUAGGCUUAUGAUGAAGCUAGAGAAAGCAAAAGGAUACAUAAAGCUAUGCCUCAGGCUUAUAUUGUAGAGUAAGUAACAGUAGGUAUAAAGUUAGGCCUUAGCAUACUGAAGAAUGUAGAGUAAGCAAAAUUAACUUUCCAGCUAGGCCUCAGAUUUAUCUUAUGCUGAUGAAGAAGUUAGGGUGAAUUGUAAACCACUAAGGCCUGGCUUUCUAACUACUGUUACUUAGGCUAUCUUGCUGCUAGGCCUCAGGCUUAUGCAGUAGUGAGAGUAAGUAGCAGUAGCUAUAGAGCUAGGCCUUAGAGGUUUAAAUUGGAGUUAGAGAAUGUCAAAGUGAUGGAGUUAGAGUGAAUAAAAAGAGAUCUAUAGUGAGCCAUUAGACCUAUGAUGAAGUUAAAGAAAUGAAAGCUGGUACAGAGAUAGGCUUUCAGAUGAUGAUGUGGUUUGAGUAAGCCAAAAUUAGCCUUUCAGCUGGGCCUCUGGCUCAUCGUAUAGAAAGAGUGAGUAAUACUAGGUUUAGGCCUUGGGUUUAUGACAAAGUCAGAGAAUGUCAAAUUAGGUUUUAGGGCAAGGCCUUAUAAUGAAGUGGUUUAUAGUGGUUUAUAGUGAAGUUGGAGAAUUCAAAGUAGUUUAAUGACAAGGCCUUAGGCUUAUGAUGAAAGCAAGUAAAUCAUAAGGCAUCCAGCUAGGCCUCAGGCUUAAAUCGUAGUUAGUGUGUAUGUAUAAGUAGAUUUAGAGGUAGGCCCCAGGCUUACGGUGAAGUUAGAUAAAGCAAAAGCUUUAAGCUUUGGAAGUAUGUAGAGUGAGCAUACGUAGCAUUACAUAUAGGCCCAAGGCUUAUGCUGAGGUAAAAAUAUGUGAAAGCAGAGGUUAAUAUGUUGGGUUCUAGUUAGGCAUGAGGUUCCUAAUGUAAUCAGCAUGAAUAAAAUGUUUGUACAGAGCAAGCCAUUUAGUUUACAGUGAACUCAGAGUCAGGCCUUAGGUUUAUGAUGAAGUUAGAGUAAAGCACAAACUUAAAGCACAGAUCUAUAGCUUGUUUUCUUUACUCUAUGUGUAUUAUACAUCUUAGGCUUAUGAUGAAACUAGAGUAAGCAAAAAUAUCCCUUCAGCUGGGCCUCAGGCUUAUAAUGUAGACAGCGUAAGCGUAGGGCAAGGCCUUAGGCCUCUGAAGAAGUUACAGCAAGCAAAAUGACCUUUCCAGUGAUAGACAGAGUAAGUGAUGGUAGGUUGAGAGCUAGGCCCUAGGCUUGUGGUGAAGGUACAGUUACAUAGCUACAAUUAAACAAUGUUAAGGUAAUCUUACAGCAGAGCUUAUGGUGGAGUUAGUGAACUGAGAUGUAUAGCGAGCAACUAGAUGUAUGAUGAAGUUGAAAAAAUGAAAGCUGGUAAACAGCUAGGCUGUCAGCUGAUGAUUUAGUCUGAGAAAACCAAAAUGUAGCCUUACAGUUGACCUCUGGCUAAUAAUGCAUUUAGAGUAAGCAAUAUGACGUUUAGAGCUAAGCCGUGGGUUUAUGGUGAAGUUGAAGAAUGUCAAGGUAGGUUUAGGGCAAGGCCUUAGGCUUACGAUGAAGUAAGAGUAAGCAAAAGGAGGCAUCUAGCUAGGCCUUGUUCUUUUAUUGUAGUGAUGUAAGUAACAGUGGUUUCAGUGCAAGGCCUUUGGUUUAUGAGAAAGUUAGAGUUAAGCACAAACCUAAGGUCUGGCUCUAUAGGGCCUGUUACUAACUCAAUUGUAUUUUAAGUCUUACGCUUAUGAUGAAGCUAGUGUAAGCAAAAGUAGCCUUUGUGAUGGUGUUAGAGUAAGUGAACUGAAAUCAAUAGCACUCCAUUAGACUUAGGAUGAAGUUGGAGAAUUAAAAUCAGAUACAGAACCAGGCUUUAAACUCAUGCUGUAGAUAGAUCAGGUCAAAUUAGCCUUACAACUGGCCUCAGGUUUAUCAUGUAGUUGGAGUAAUUGAUAGUAGAUUUAGACCUAGACCUUUGGUUUAUAGUGAAGUUGUAGAAUUCAAAGUAGUUUAAUGACAAGGCCUUAGGCUUAUGAUGAAGUCAAACUAAGCACAAGGAGGCUUCCAGCUAGGCCUUGAGCCUUUUGUGUAAUGAAAUCAGUAACAGUGAUUUCAGAGCAAGGCUUUAGGUUUGUGAGGAAGAUAGAGUAGAAACCCAAGGCCUAGCUUUAUAGCUUCUGUUCCUUACUUUAAGCAAAAGGAGGCAUCUAGCUAGGCCUCAGGCUUACAAUGUAGAUAGAGUGAGUGAUGGUAGGUUAAGAGCUCUACGAUUGUGGUGAAGUCAGAGUGAGUAGCAAUAACUAUAGAUAACUAUAGAGCUACAGUUAAAGAAUGUCAAAGUAAGGUUAGGGCAGGGCCUCAGGCUUGUGAUGGAGUUAGAGUGAGUGAACUGACAUGUAUAGUGAGCUAUUACGCAUAUGACAAAUGAAAGCAAGUACAGGGCUAGGCCUUUAACUUAUAAUGUAGUUUGAAUAAGACAAAAUAUAGAGUUUCAACUACGACUCUGGCUUAUAAUGUAGUUAGAUUAAGUAAUAUUACGUUUAAAGCUAUGUCUUGGAUUUAUGGUGAAUUUGGAGAAUGUCAAAGAAGGUUUAUGGUAAAAUUUUAGGCCAAUGACGAAGACAGGGUAAGCAAAAUGUGGCUUCUAGCUAGACCUCAUGCUUUUAUUUUAGUGAAAUCAGAUUUUAUAUAUUUUAAUGAUUCCUCUCUUUUACAAUCUUUUGUUUUAAUCAUGUUUUUAAUUUCUAGUUUACUUUUUAAAUUAUAAUUUGAAUUAUUUUUGUAUUUUAUCAUUUGUAAAGCAAUUUUAAUGACUACAGUGUAUGAAAGGUACUAUAAAAUUGCCUUGCCUCUCUUAAAUCUUCUUUUAAAUCACAAAUUACUUAUUUAUAAAACUGUACAAAUAUUCAUUUAUUGAAUUGAUGGUUACAUAUUCAUCUCUUUAGUUCCUUUCACAUG